GGCAUCCUUGCAGAAGGACGGGUUGCCUACAAACGGUCUCAUUACUUCCCAGUGACCAUUGUCAAUUACAAGAUAAAAACUCCCACGGUUUAUAAAGGUUUGGACGGUGGCGUACGCACGCAGAACUCAUCUGAGUCCAUUUGCACUACUCGCGCGGACUGUUGUGUUUGAGGAACAUUACUUAUCCCAACAUGAGAUACCAUUACCUACUGUCGCUGCUAGCUGCAGUGUCCACGUAUGCAGCUCCUGAAAACUUAACAGAGCAAAAGAAAUCUGUUGUACCUAGACAAGUAAAAGGAGCCAGCGAUGAUCUCAAAACAUCAAGCAGUUCUUAUUCACAUCAGUACUCAAACUGGGGUGGAGACUAUCCCGGCGGUUACGGAUUUUCUGUCACAGGAGUCGGAACAAUAGACGAUAGGAGAGAUUUUGACCCCAGUUACAAUACAUUAGGUGGUUACGAUGCAAGUAGCUCAUUUAAGAGCACCGGCUAUGGCAACGCCGGUUACGGCGCAACAGGGUACGGUGGCAAUUUAGGGUCACAAGGGUAUGGACAAAGUGGAUAUGGAGGUUAUAGCCAAAGCGGUUAUGGAGCAAAUAGACCACCAAUCGGUUAUGGUACAAGCGGUUUUGGCACAAGUGGCUUGGAUAAUACUGGCGGUUAUUUCAGCAGUGCAGGAUACGGCGGUGGCAAUGGCGGAUAUGGUGGAUAUGGCGGUAAUGGUGGACUGACCUCAUAUUACGGUUAUAACAAUCCAUAUUACCAAGGCGCUGGACAUCUCGGAUACGGUUACCAUAGUAAAAAGCUUGGAUAUGGUAACAUCUACAAUAAUGGCAUCACACCAAGUUUAGUUACAGGUUAUAGAGGUUAUUCACGAAGAUAAUAUUUAAUCAUUAUAUCGGUAAAUUCUAACGUUGACAAUUCAAGAUGUCAUCCUAACCAAAAUAUAGACAUUCUAACUUUAGUACAAAACUCUCACAUGCCUCAGGAAUAUGUACCUACAUAAUUAUAAUUAUUUUAGAAUAUCAAUUAUUAUGGAAUUCAAUAUUAUAUUUUACAAUCCUGUAAAAUUAAUUCCCGAGUCCAUUAUGUGAAAAAAUUUAUAUUUGCCUUCUUUAUACUUACUAUUCUGUAGUGCACUUUGUUAUUGCUAAACCAAAGAUUUAACCAAUGUUUAAGUUAUUUUUACCGUGUCGCAUUUGUUAACUCUGUUAUAGAUUUUAAUAUAGUUCAAAUUAUAAUAAGUAUUCUUAAAACAUAUGUAAUUAGAUUGCUAUUAAUAAAUAAUAAUUAACAAAAAUGUGAGUGGUUGAUGAAUAAAAACAACUAUUAAU